CUUCUUCAAAGCUGUUAUUAUUAUUAAUUUAUAGUAGACACCUACCUUCAAAAAUGGUUAAUAAAAUGUUAGCUUUUUGUUUUAUGUUUUAUUUUAUUUCAAGUACUUUAGCGAGAUCUGAAUUGAAACUAGCAAAAUGUCGUGAGCAAAUGAUGAAUGCUACCCUGCUGGCAAAGCGCAUGGUGAAUGAAGUACUAACAGUAUUUUCGCGUGCAAAACCAAUAUAUGAUUACUGGGUUGUUCCUUCUUGGCAAAACACUGUAACUGCAUUUGUAGUGCCAUUAUGUACUUAUAUACACAGCCAUGAAGAAAAUAAUAAAGAAGAUCAGAAAGGAACCAAAUAUGAUCUUAAUGAUAUAUUCUCCACAUGUCAAAUUCAAAACAAAUAUAAAAGUGAUAGAAGAGAAGCACCAACAUAUUGUACAUUUCUACUCGGAUAUCGAAAUAAUACGCAGACAAUGUAUCCAGGAAAUGUAUUUAAUGUUGAUAAUUUCGCUUUCGAUAGCAGUAUACACCUGUCCUGUACAAUCAACGCGCAGAUCCAUUAUGCACUUAUGCAUUCAAAUAUCAUGGACAAAAUCCUUACGAUCAUCAUGAUGAUCAUCCACCUCAAGAACCAGAAUCAUUUUGCAUUGAAUACAGCGAAGAGAAAUGACUCUGAGUUUAUUAAAAACAUGGUAGGUAAACAAUAUAUUACAUUAUUACAUAAUAUUUAACGAAAAGUUGAUAAAUGUUAAGCUUGUGUUCAAUUGUAUUUUAUUUUAAUUUAAUUUUACUUACGUAAUUUUCCAAAGGUACAGUUUCUUGAAAUAAGCAAUUAUAUACCUACACGUUUUACCUUUUGCACUUUCCAAAUCCUGUUUAGUAGAGAAAAUAAAUAAGAACUACAUGAUCUACCUAGUCAAAGGCUUUAGAGAUGUCCGAAUAGAUAAUGUCGACUUGAGAAUAGUUUUCGAGUGCGCUUAAAAUGAAAUUAUUAAAUGAAAUGGUAUUAAGAAUAGAAUUUGAAUACUAAAUUAUAAUAUAAUAUUUUUUGUACUGAUGGAAUAUUUAUAAAAAUACUCUAUUUCAAAGAAGUUUGGAAAAAAAUACCCGACUUAAGCUCGUCACGGUUCGCACACGUGCAGUCUCGUUGACUGCUGUCAGCGCGGCCGAAUAUUGCAGCUAAUCAGAGCAGUCCUACCGUUCCGGUCAGUGUUAGGAACAGAUAACAAAAAAAUCAUCUAGAUAAAGAUAAAGAUAACAACUCUAAAUUUUAACUAAGAUACAGAUAAAAGAUAAACAAAUCAAAUUCAUCUAACAAAAAAGGUGGAUAAGUGGAUGUCGCUCUGCAGUACAGUAGGUUACAAGUGGGUUACUGUAAUGGAUGGUGUUAAAUUUGAAUUCAAUGAUAUAAUAUCAUUGUAUAAGAAAAACGAUUCUGAGCGAAAACGGUCAGUCUGCCUAUAAUAGGAGCCUAUGAAAUAAGUAUAUUUGAUGAUAUUAUUGUGAAUAAGGUAAUUUAUAUAUUAUAACCUAUUUAUGUGGAGCCUUGUUUUAAAUUUUCAAUCCUUAGCCAUAAAGUUAAACAUUUUAUACAUUUUUAACUACAAAAUAAUUAAUAAAUUAUAAAUUUGAUAAAUGUUGUCAACAUUAUAACUUUAAAUGCUUAUAAAAAAAAAUUGUGCCUAUGUAUUUUUAAUACUUCUCAACUGCAAUUAGGACGAUAUAUAAGGAGCCUUAUAUUAAAUUUUCACGCUUUUUUACCCAACAAAUAAAAUUUUAUUGAUAUUUAUAGAAAAAAAAACUAAAAAAAUUGAAAACUGACAAUGUCCGUAAACAGCUCAAAAAGAGUCAAAAUAUUUUCAACAUUUUAUGGUGUAUAGAAAAUGCUAAUAUAAACAUUCAGUGAAAUUUUCAAGUAUCUACAGUCAUUCGUUUUUUAAUUACAAUAAAAUAAGAAAAUUGUUACUUGAAAUCGAGUGAAUAUCAAAAGUGGUAAAAAUAUAAAUUUCAGACGCUCAUAAAAAUUUAAUUUAAGUUUCUUGUAGACAUUUUUUUUUGAUAAAGGUAGAAAAACUUAUGAGUAAUCUUAUAUUACAUUUUCAAAUCUUAGAUUUAAAAAGAAAAAUUGUUAUGAAUUCUCAACUCAAAAUAACUUGCUAAUUUUCGUGAUUUUUCCGUAUUUUGUCAAAAUUUGAACUUUAAAUGCUUAUAAAUGAGAACUGUGACUAAGAAUUUUUAAUUUUUUUCAUCUACCUUUGAAACAAUAACCUAGGAGCCUUCUAUUAAAUUUUCAAGCUUUUUUACUCAACAGAUAAAAUUUUAUUGAUAUUUAUAGAAAAAAAUCUAAAAAAAAUGGAAAUUGACAAUGUCCGUAAACAGCUCAAAAUAAGUCAAAAUAUUUGAAAAAUGUUAUGGUGAAUAGGAAAUGCAAUUAUAAACAUUCAGUCAAAAUUUCAUCUCUCUACAGGCAUUUGUUUUAUAGUUACACCAAAAACCAAAACCGAUUUUCUUGAAAAAAGAUUUUGCGUAAAAAUUCACGUUUUUCCUAAAUUUUUCUUUUGUUUUUCACGUCCCUUUUGAAAACUACUGGGAAAUUUUCUUUUGACCCCCCAAAGUAUCAACUAGACUCACUUUCCUAUCAGAAAAGUUACUGUUGAAGAAAAUCCAAGCACUUUUAAUGUCCUAAAAGUUGAUGACAGACACAAAAAUAAAAAAAUAAAAAUAAAAUAAAAAAAAAACACACAUCAUUGUAAAAUCAAUACAUUCAUCGCUUCGCUCAGAAUCUAAAAGAUAAAAAAUAAAAAUAUUUUAUCUAGAUAAUUAUCUAAAUAUUUAAUAACAGAUAAUUUUAGAAAUUAAAAUUAAAAGAACUAAUUUA